UUGGAGAAGACAGUGGUCCAUAAGUCCAGCUAUGAAGUUCCUAAUAGGAGUGGCGCUGCUGAAUGCAGUGUUCACCGUCGCCAAUGCCAUCACCGACUGCACCGUCUGUCUCAACGGCCAGUGCCACGCCUCGGCCGGUUUCUACGAUGGCAUAAACAAGAUCUCCACGUCUCACAUGGUUAUAGACUUCAACUCCAACAUUCUCUACCACUACAACGAAGGCAUCAACGCCAUCAACUUGGACACCAACACCAUGACACCUAUCCCCAUGCAAGGUAAAGGAAACUACUUAGCCGUCGACCAAGACACUGGAGACCUCUAUUAUUACAGGAAUGCCAAUUUUAACAACACUAUCUACAAAUACCACCCUAAAACUGGGCAGACUGAAGUCAUUAACGUCCCUAUUCCAGAAAGUAGUCCGCCUCCUCUAAACGUUUUGGUACACAACGGUUCUUUGUAUUUCAACACGCAUCGUGAAUCAGGAUAUGAUGUUGCAAAUGGAUUGAACAUCUUAACAGGAUCUGUGAUUAAAAAAAUAGCUGCUUUAGACAAUUUUACUGUUAAUAACAUAGUGAUUGACAAAAAUGGAAUCAUUUAUAUCAAGUCUGGCCCUGAGAUCUACAGACUGAUGCCAAACGCGAAUGAAGCUGUUUUAUUCGUUGAAGCAAAAUACUUGAUAAGUGGAGACAGGAAUGGUGAAGUAUACUUCUUUGAUCCAUCAAAUAGAUAUUUCUACAAAGUUAAUGAAGAUGGAGAUGACUUGAUCAACAUUGGAGCAUACGAUCCUAAGAGAGAUGGACGCGAGCGACCGAAACUGAAGGAGUUUAUUUUUGACAAGCAUGGCAAUGUAAUAAUAAAAGACAAAUGGUCGACCAUGUAUUACAAAUCUAAUCCAUCAAGGUGCACUUUUACAUUUGACGGGAACACAGGUCGCACUAGAAUAACUAAGGUAAAACAGCGAAAAUAGCUUGUGAAACUUGAAGUUCAUUUAGAAAACAUUUCUAGCAGUUAGACAUGGAAUGGAAUUAGAUAUAGUAUUUGUGCAAAGGGUGUGCCUGUGGCACCUGAACUGGACCUUAUUUCUUGACAGUUGCGAUACACAUAUGUACGAUAUACAUAUGUAUGAAUGAAUUACCGUCAAUACUCUUUUAUGUAGAAAUUGGUUCUUUAAGUACAAUAUAUACUUACAGUCAGUGA